CCGGGCAGCUGCCUCGUCCCGCCUCACUGCGACCUGAGGGGCCGCGGGGGUGAGCACCCUCUGCGCGCCGGGAUCCGGCCGGGACCCCCCUCCCGCCUCCCUGCCUGACCCGCUCUCGCUACCGGGCCCGGGCCGGCGCGAUGGCGGCGGAGGUGGCGGAGUGCGCGGUGCCCGACGGCCGGGGGGACCCGCGGAGCAGCGCCCGGGUGGACGCCGACUGCCCCCUGCGCGUCCUCUACUGCGGAGUCUGCUCGUUGCCAACAGAGUACUGUGAAUACAUGCCUGAUGUGGCUAAAUGUAGGCAGUGGUUAGAGAAGAACUUUCCAGAUGAGUUUGCAAAGCUUACAGUAGAAAAUUCCCCUAGACAAGAACCUGGGGUAGGAGAAGGUCAAGGAACAGCAGGAGAAGAGGAAGAGAAGAAAAAGCAAAAGAGAGGUGGCAGAGGUCAGAUAAAACAGAAAAAGAAGACUGUUCCACAGAAAGUGACAAUAGCAAAAAUUCCAAGAGCAAAGAAAAAAUAUGUCACGAGAGUGUGUGGCCUUGCAACUUUUGAAAUCGAUCUUAAGGAAGCACAGCGGUUUUUUGCUCAGAAAUUCUCCUGUGGUGCCUCAGUAACAGGAGAGGAUGAAAUCAUCAUUCAAGGAGACUUUACAGAUGACAUUAUUGAUGUAAUACAGGAGAAGUGGCCUGAGGUGGAUGAUGACAGCAUUGAGGACCUUGGAGAAGUGAAGAAGUGAUUUGAAAGACUACCUUUAUUUAAUGACAUGGUUACAGGCGACGUAGCCAAAGCGAAGCUCCCAGACACACAUAUUCUGCAGUAAAGCUGUGGGGUCCUGUUACCCUUGGUGUUUUCACCAUUCUGUGUAGACUGCUUGAUAUUUUUUGUUCUGUUGUUGUGAUAAUUUGCCAAAGUUAAACUGGGGGUUUUUUCAUGCUUCUGCAUGAAGUAGAAUUAAAUAAAGUUCCUGUUCCUUGCUG